AUGCCGGACCUUCGCGAUCCUACGCCACCUUCCCUCCGGGAUUACGGUAUCGCUGCACCCCAUGGACCCAACAUGACUGGCGAGCACCAAGCAACUCAGGACAUUGACAUCCGGAAUGACAUGAGCGAAAAUGAAUCGAGCGUAUUCCACGCCCUGUUGCACCCGGACGACCUCUACAAUGCCAACGGCACCUACUGGGCAGAUCUGCCCCUGGGGCAACGGGUCAAGUUCAUCGGCCAAGUCGACAAAGCUGAAGCGAAAGCCGAAGCGAGCUACUUCUGGGAUAUGUUCAAGAAGGACCCGCUUGCGCCUAUGGGUCACUACUUCCGAACAUGUGUGAUCCCCGGUGCUGGUCUUGGUCUCGAGGGAUACGUGCUCUUCUCUAUUGGUAACGUCAGGCCUCUCUUCCAGGCUGCUUUCCCAGAAUGCUGGAAUGAUCACGAAAUCUGCGACAAGACCUGGCUCCAGGCUGUCGACUACCUAGAGAUCUGUGGUAUCAUUGUCGGUCAGAUCCUCGUUGGUAUUAUUGGUGACUGGCUCGGUCGUCGCUUUGGUCUCAUCCAGGACGCCGUCAUCAUGUUUGUCGGUCUUCUCAUGCUCACCGCCGCCUGGGGUGUUACCCAGAACGGAUGGGUCAUCUGCUAUGUCUGGGCUCUCUUCUUCUACGGUAUCGGUGUCGGAGGCGAAUACCCGAUGACUGCAACUGCUGGUAUGGAGAACGCCGUUGGCUCUGGUAAGGUGUCCACCAAGGACGACCGUCUUCACCGUGGUAGGAAAGUCACUAGUGCUUUCCUGAUGCAAGGUUGGGGACAGUUCUUCAACCAGGUCAUUUUGAUCAUCUUGCUCCUCAUCUUCCACGGUGGAUCAUCGCCCCCGUACUCGAAAACCUUGGCUCAGUGGACCUACCGCGUGUCCUUCGCCAUCCCCGCUGUCGGCACACUCUGGCUCGUCUACUUCCGUUACUAUAAGAUGAAGUCCGCCUCAAAGCAGCUCGCGCUGUCAAAGAAGAAGUCCAACGUCACCGGCUACGACGUCCAGUCUUUGAAGCUCACCUUCACGUAUUUCGGGCCCCGUGUCCUAGCUACUGCGGGAGCUUGGUUCGCCAACGAUGUUUUCUUCUACGGUAACAAGCUCUUCCAGAACCAGUUCAUCGACAUCAUUACGCCUGGCAACAAGUCCGUCAUGACCGGCUGGUUGUACAACUUGAUCAACGUCGGUGUAUCGCUAUGUGGCUACUACCUCGCUUCCCUGCUCAUCGACAACAAGUUGUACGGCCGCAAAUGGAUGAUGAUCGUCGGUUUCCUGGCUGACUUCGUCCUCUUCAUGAUUCCCGGUUUCGCCUUCGAAUACUUCACCAAACCCGAGAACAUUCACGGUUUCCAGGCCAUGUACUUCUUGUCCUCCUUCUUCAACCAGUUCGGACCCAACAGUGUUACUUUCCUCGUCGCUGCCGAGGUCUUCCCCACACCGGUCCGCGCCACUGCCCACGGAUUCAGCGCUGCGUGCGGUAAGGCGGGUGCCCUGCUCGCUGCCGUCCUGUACAACUACAUCGACACCCAGACCAAGUUCUACUUUGUCCCCUGGUUCGGUCUCGUCGGUGCUCUCCUUACUCUGCUUUUCCUCCCAGACACCACUGGCCUGGAUCUCAAGGAGCAGGAGCGUCGCUGGGCUUACAUUCGCGCCGGCAAGGAGCACGACUACCACGGUAUUGCCGUCCACUGGAAGCAUAUGUCCUGGUGGGAGCGUUUCCGCGGCCAGCACAAGGACUACGAUGCCAAGCUCGACUACGAGCAGAAGAUCGCUGAGAUGCGCACAGAUUGGGUCGAACGCCAACAGCACAAGUUCUCCGAGAAGAACGGCUGGGAAGGUGUUGAGGCGGAUGAGGACGACCACGCCGACGUGCACAACUACUUCAAGCGUACCACACCUGGCUCAUCGCACGGCCCUGAGCCCAUGAUGGCACCCAAGACGGUGUCGGAAAGUGACUCGGCGGAUGAAAUUAGGCGGGAGAAGGAGCUGUAG